AUGGUUUCUUUCAGAAGAAGCCCAUCAAGAGGAUCAGUUGAUGACAUUGCAAUAAACAAACGCGAUGUGGCGGACCACAAGGUCAGUAUACCUCCUAGUGCCUUCCCUCUUUCGAGCUCUAGUAGUGCCAAUAUGAGUAAGAAUAUCAAAGCCAUGUUUAAAAGAUCGGGGUUGUCCAAUUCUUCAAAGGAAUCGAUAAUCCUUGGUCAUGCAGGGCCCAUGACAUAUCCAUAUUCCUUUAAAGAAGUCAUCGGUUAUUAUAUUUCCAAAGAAGCGGUAUUUCAAGGCCUAAAUAGUUCAUGCUCAGCUUUGACAGAGGGACUUUGCAUGAAGAGGAUCAGUAGAAGAAAACAAGUACCAUACAUCUUUAGACUACAUGAAAAUGAAGCUAUCACAUGGAAGGAUGGUACCAAAAGAUUAGAGCUGGACUCUAUUAAAGAUAUACGUACGGGCGAUAUGGCGAGCAAUUACCGAGAGGAGUAUGGAGUUUCUGAUAAGGUGGCCGGGCUUUGGGUUACCAUUAUAUAUACAGUAUCGAACAAGUUGAAGGCCUUGCAUGUGGUGGCAAGGCAUGGAAGUGAUUUUUCGAUAUUCUUUAACUGUAUCUGUGGACUAGUGAAAUCAAGAAGAGAACUCAUGGAGAGUAUUUCUGUUCCGGAUAAUGAAAAGUUCGCUAAUAUCCAUUGGCAUAGAACGGUUUCUGAGAGAAAGGAAGAUGAGAUCAAAGAUACAUUGAGAUUCGAGGACGUAAGGCGACUUUGUGACAAAUUCCACAUUUAUUGUUCAUCAAGUCACUUACUUAGGUUCUUUAAAAUCGCCGAUGUCAAUCACAAUGGACUUUUGAACUUUCAUGAGUUUCAGACGUUUGUUAAGCUACUGAAGGAGCGUCCCGAGGUACAUCACCUUUGGAAAUCAUGCACUCUGGGGAAAAAUUAUAUGGACUUUGGGAUGUUUUACAACUUCAUCAGAGAUGUACAGAAGGAGGAUUUGACCAAGGAAAAUGCGUGCGAGCUAUUCGAAAAUUUUAGGCGCCCUAAGCAAAAGCAUUUGGAUGAGGAGGAUUUUGUUAGAUUCUUGGGAGCUCAGCCUUAUGCAAAGGAGAUAGAGGAGGAUUAUAGCAAACCAUUAAAUCAUUAUUUCAUAGCAUCCUCGCACAAUACCUAUCUAUUAGGGAAACAAGUAGGUGAAAGGCCAUCCGUUGAAGGUUAUGUGCAGGUACUUCAACAAGGGUGUCGAUGCAUUGAAAUCGACAUUUGGGAUGAUGAUAUUGGUCCCGUAGUAUGUCACGGUUUCUUAACAACUGCGAUUCCUCUGAUAAAUGUCGUUGAAAUAAUUAAAAAAUACGCGUUUAUCACAUCACCAUACCCCCUUAUCAUCUCAUUGGAAAUGAAUUGUGGCAAGGAGAACCAGUUGAUUGCAACGUCAAUUUUUCAGAAUUGUUUUGGAUCGCUGCUAUACUACCCAGAUGAUAAGGACAACUUCUUGCCGUCCCCAAUGAAGCUUAGGCACAAGAUAGUACUCAAGGGUAAAAAGACAAAUCGAAAGUCACUGGCUGGUACCACAGGGAACCUGAACAGCAUUGAAAGCAGCUCUUCAUCAUACAGCUCUUCAUAUGAUUCUGAAAUAGAGAGUGGGAACAAGGGAAAAGAAAACCUGUACAAUACCUCGAACAACUCCAAGAUUCGUAGGAUUAAAAGAUUAACAUUGAAAAGGCGUGUUGAGGUGAUCGAUGAUCUCUUGAACAUAUGUGGGCUUCACGGAUUGAAAUUCAGAAACCUUUCGCUGCCAGAAUCCAAGACUGUCGCCCAUUGUUUUUCCUUUAAUGAGAAAAGUUUUUAUAACAUGCAGAAGGACAAGACCCAAGAGCUUUCGCUAGACAAGCAUAAUCGCCGGUUCCUUACGCGUGUCUAUCCUCACGCUCUAAGGUAUAAAUCUUCUAAUUUCAAUCCGAUCAAUUUUUGGAAACUUGGGGUCCAAAUGGUAGCGACAAAUUGGCAAACCAACGACCUCGGCCAGCAGAUCAACCUUGCGAUGUUCCAACUGUCGAGUCAAAAAAGUGGUGUUGCGCACUCAGGAUACAUAUUGAAACCGGCCAAAUUGCUCCCGACUGUGUCUAAAGUUCAACAGAUUCCGCAAUUGUACCAAAAGUUGAGAAAGAAUCCCAGCAAGAUCGAAUUGAAGAUUCUCUCCGCACAACUCCUCCCCAAACCAGCUGAGAUAAAGGACGGCAAGGAGUCCUCCUUUGCCCCCUACGUUGUUGCAGAACUAUUCAGUGACGAAGAGCCUGCUGCUUCUUCGACAGUCGACAACGGACUCAAGCUUUCCAACAUGUCGGCUGCGACCGAAAACUGCAAAGACAACGGGUUCAAUCCGGUAUGGGGCAUGAAUAUGUCGGCAACACUCAAAUCACUAGAUUUCGCAUUCGUCAGAUUCACAGUCAAAACUGGAGAGAUUUCUUUGGCGACUUCGUGCUUACGACUACAAUACUUGAAGCCGGGAUACCGGCACAUCCCGCUCUACAGCAUGGAGGGCGAGCUCUACAUUUUCUCUACUCUUUUCAUAUUUACAAGAUCGAUUUAG